UCGUUGAGGCAGGCGAAGCACACACCCGCCUCACCGCCGCCGCAGUCCUGCGUUGACUUUCAAAAUGGAGGCUUUCUCCUCCGUAGGUUUCUGUUUCUUUUUCGAGAAGGACUCUACCAGAGCCGAUCAGCGGAACAACGAAGCACGUCGGAAACCGAGGAGAUUCCACCAUUAGCCGAACAUCUAACCUGGGAAACGAUAUGAAAUGUCAACCUAAGCGGAUAUAUUCGGUCCUUCGUGGGUUUGACUGGGCUCAAUUCUGUAACUUCCUGGUUUUUUCGCAUUAAUAUGUCAGUCGAAACUGCGGCGAAAGCUCGCGUGACUCUGAGAGGUUUAGUGGACACAACAGCACGCUCAGGACCUUUUAACACGUCUGUGGUUAUGUGUAAAAGAAGAGACAAGAGUUUUCAGCGAAUGGCAAAGGGAGAGCGACAGAUUUCCUAAAUCCAGCGAUGGAAAGUGGACAUGUCGGUGCUGCGCGUAAGGGUGUUUUAGUCCCUGUGUCAGACUCUUCAGACGUCUUUCAAAGCAGGAUUUUGGCUCCCCUUCAAAGUGCGUACUUGUACGAAGAGUCAAAGCAGUCUUUCAAGUAUAAGUCCGCAGUGUUGAUCAAGAAUGAGCAACUGGAGGAGAAGUAUAAUGCGUUCCGAGAAAAGAGAAGACAAGCAGGAUAUUCAGAAGAGGAUUUGAAGGAAACCUUUGGGUUUUUGCUGUUUGAUGACGUCAACCAGGCUCAUUUGUUCGGAGAGACAGGCCUUCUCACAGGAAAGAGUGCUUGCACAACUCUGGGAGAUCCCAUCAAAGGUGUUUACAUAUCAAUGUACUCUGACUGUUUGGAUCUGAAUCGCUGGUAUCAAGGAAAAUCCGGAUACGUUGCCAUCAUCAAGCUGACAAAGGGCAGAGUUAAGAAGGUUCCAGAGAACUACACCCAGAAUUUCACAGCACCCACAGUUGGGUUUGACUGCCAUGAGUCAGAAGAGUUGUCCUCAGUAUCUUCCAAAACCAGUUCCUUUCUUGCUUUUGAAAGAACCCAGUAUUACCUAUAUGAGCUGUUGGACGAGGAAAGCAGUGAAACAGCUCUAUCUCCCAGUGCUGCCGUUCCUUUUGCUAUUGUAUCAUUUUCAUAUACGGACACAAAAGCAAUACGAACACCACAGGCUACAAGUGAGAAGAAAAAACUGGUUCGUGAUUACAUGGCCUGGAGGGGUCAGCUUCAGAUAGGCACCCAGUCCUAUGAUGUUGGGUUGAGGUCCACCAAAGGGGCACUGAUUCCUACAAAACUGCCUCCAGUGGUCAAAGUUGAGAAAGCCAUUUCCAUGAUAGAUCUGAUGCAGCUGUUGCCAAAGGCUGCCUUUGAAACCUGCUUCUCUGCUGAAGUCUUUCUUGGUGGCUUAUACUGCAGUCUGUAUGAGCUGGUUCCUUCUGAGGCGAAAGAUACAAACUCACUCUCUCAGCUUCUGCAGGAGAUCAAGGAGAAAGAUAUUGCUCUCACUGUUCCACUGAAUGAUGGUGGUUUUCUUAUCCUGUUGCACUCAUCCCAUUUUUCCCCAAUCGAUGAUAAUGCUUUGAAUGCAUCUGAGGUCCUGCAAGGCAUGUUUAUUUUUCCAGGCUCACGGGUCAUAAAGAGAGGCACAAAAUCUGGACAGAUAAAGGCAACCAUUUCAUCUGAAAUCCUUCAGGUUCUACCAGUGCUAAGUUAUGCAGAGGGUGUAGUUGAGAAAACACCCCUCAACUCAACUGAAGAACUGUGUGACGUGUUGAGGCAGCACAUGCAGAGCUACGCAGAACUGAUAAACCCUGGGUUGGACUUAUGUCCAUCAAGAGAAGUCAGCCUCUUUCCAGAUCAGUACGAUGUGCUGGAUGACCACACAAACCUCUACUCGUCCCCCGAAUGGACUGACAAAGCACGACAAAGCUUCAGGUCAUACAUGAGCAAACCAGUCUCCUUUCAACUACCAGUGUCCAUGGCUUCAGAAAUUCUGGCAGCUGACGAGGGGGAGCAAAGGGAAGACCUCGAUGACAAUAUCUACUGUCUGUCAUUUCCUGAGGAGGCACCAACCAAUCCUAUUGGCAUGGGCUCAGAAGACCAGUUGACAGACCAGAAAUCUCCUGUAAAUGCUGUGACAUCUGUGGAGAAUUGUCUAAUAAGCACUGGAGCACAAGUGGAUUUCAUAACUGUACCUCAGAAUGUUGUACCAAAUGAUUUGCAAGCAGAAGAUGCAACUGAAGACAAUUCAAAAUCUGACCUGACUGCACUGAGCAAAACAUAUGAUACGGGGGCCAAAACUCCCUUAUCCUCCCCGACAUCAGAUGACAUGUCAGCAGAGCUUAUUGUCAGCAUCACAUCAGCAGAGCAAACUGUCACUGAUGAAAGUUUAAAUGUGAUCAGUUCUAUGACAGCAACAAAGCAUGAUGACUUUCAGAUUUCUGGUUUUUCCGCAGCCAAAUUACAAACAGCAGGAGUCAACUCUCUGCAUAAGACGGUCAAAAUUAAAACUAUAGAUUGCCCAGAGGUCACCAACAGCUCAGAAACAAAACGAAGGAAAUUGCUGAAGGGGCAUUCCAAAAUCUGGCCAAGUCUGGAAAAGAAGCCUAAAGCUUGUGUUGAAACUGAAUCAUCUGGCGACUCACAGUUGAACAAUCUAUUGGAUAUUGAUGGGAGAAAAUUAAGUCGAAAAUGCAAUUUUGGAAAACUUUUAUACAAAAAAAAGGUGAGAUGCGUUACACAUGGUUCAGCUGUAGCAGAGGAGAAAAAAACUGACCCUGGACAGCAGAGCUCGGAGGACGCCAUUUUAAUGGAUCUUGAACUUUGUCCCCUGAGAAGGAAAACCGAGCGCUGGGAAUUGAAGCCUGUUAUCAGUGAAUGUGGAAGGAUCUUGGUUCCUCAUGGCUCUGUGGCUUUUGCUGAACAGAUUCAGUCUUUAAAGCAUAAGUUUCAAUGUACAAUAGAUGAACAGUGCUCUGAGAAAAUGUUGGUUGAUGCCUCUGUGAACGAUCACAAAAAAGUCGAAAUGGAGCAAGAGUCAAACACUGUGCCAUUAACAGCAGUGGACAAAACGGAUGACAUAAUAUCCACGGAUGGAAGGAAUCUUUUUGAGAACAUUGUGGCCAGUUUUACAAAUAAUGAAAAUAGCCUGUUUAGACAAUCAGACAAUUGUUCAUUGCCUUUGCAUCCAGUGAGUAGUGAGCAUUCCUCAAAGAAUGAUGGCACUGACACUCCUCCAACAGAGGUUAAAGGAACUGGUACUCUCCUCCCAGGAAAGUGUGCAAAAAAGGGUGAAUUUAGUUUGAGUAAACUAAAAUCAGUUCUGUUAAAGGCAAAGAGAAAAAACAAUGUCCUUGUGUCCAAGGAAACAACAACAGGUAUUGCCCACACCGAGCCUUGUCUCAGUGUGUCCAAGGAAACAACGACAGGUAUUGCCCACACCGAGCCUCGUCUCAGUGUGUCCAAGGAAACAACGACAGGUAUUGCCCACACCGAGCCUCGUCUCACGAAGGGCAAAGAUGAUGCGGAGGCAUUGGAGGCCUUGACCAGUGUCCAGGACACUAAUGUGGAUGUCAAGGAAGUGACAAACAUGCUAUCAGUUGACCCUCGUUUUGCAUAUGCCCUUGGCCUGACCCCGAAAGAGAACCCAGAUAAGGUUCAAAAGAGUGAGGGUCAGGACUCUCAAUUUAAGGAAGUCUCAUCAGAGACACAAGAACAAGCCCUUUCAAACAAACAGUCUCAAAUCCUACAAAAUCCUCCAUCAAUCUUCACAAGAAGGGGUAGGAUUAAGAUGCUCAAAAAGCAUCAAGGCAUCUCUGAAGACAAUAUUAAAAAGAAAUGGUGGUUGCAUUUUCAAACCCCAACUCAUUUUCCCAAACUCAAACACAAAGAGGGUUUUAGGGAUAAUUCUGUCAGGAAGACUGGUACGGAAAAAUUGAACAAUGCUUGCUCAUCUACUGAAGCUUUGAACUUACUUGCUGACUUGGCCCUAAGUGCCAGUAUUGACAAGGUUCCACCACAACCAGCGCUUGAGGGAAAAUCUGAGACGAGUUUCAAGAAGUGUGGCCUUAUAAAAGAUGUUCCCAGUGCUGGACAAGAGUCACUUCUUCAUUCUCUGCUUCGACAGCCUGCUGCUAGAUUCAUUCAGCCUCUUGAGACUUCUUCACCAAGCCCCCCUGUGGAAGACAGGGAAUUGGUUGGUUUGAUAUCUAAAGAACAUGGUUACUCAUUGCCCUCGUCUUUCUCUCUGCUGUUGGGUUUGCCAGGUACAACCUUCCGGGUAGCCCCUUUAAGUGGUUCUACCAGAUUGCUGCACCAUCAACAACACUUGAGUAGAGAUCAUACUGUUCGCCCCUCUGUUGGCCAGGAAGACAGACAUGAACGCAACCACUGCAGGACUUCAGAAUACCAGAACAAAUGUUUGGUACGCAGGGAAAAGUUCAGUCACUCACGCACCAUUGUUAAUAAGGAUAAAUCUGUCAGUGUCACUAGACAAUGGAAGGAAAACUAUGACUUCAGCAGAGACAGCAAGUUUGCAAGUGUCUCUAAGGGGAGAGCUAUCGUCCGAGCCUUGCAUGGGCCGUGGGAUUCCUCAGUUCAAGACAUCAGUGAUGAGUUACGACUCAUCGUCCACAUGUGGAUUGGUCUGUUUUACAGCCGGUCAACAGCCAGAUUCUUUCAAGAUGACUCGAACUUUACAAACCUUUGUUCAGAAGAGAGUGAUUCUUUGGAAAUGUCCUGUGAAAUGGUAUCACCACCAGCUCAGUCUGAGAACAGGGCAAAUUCAUUUGGUGCUUUCCCAAGUCCAACAGACUCUCAAGACCCUUCAAUUUCAAAGGUUUUGGACCUCAGCAAAAAUGACAACUUUGUCGUUGACCAAGGAUCUGUGAUUUUGGACUUGUCACUGAGAAACUCUUGUGCAGAGACUGUCACUUUAGAUCCACAAAUCAACAGUGACAAAUCUUCUGUGUCCAGUGAACUGAAAGAAGCAAGUGACAUAUUGAAUACGCCCAAGUCAUCGGUGGGACUACAGGAAGCAAGAACGUUACAGUGUUACAAACCGAUGGUACACGUGACCGAGACUAUCAACGAGGUGAAUGAUCUCAGAAGCAACUAUGCAAAUGAAGAAACUAGUAGUCCUUCACAAAAAGCUGACUGCCUGGAUUGCAUUGAUAAACCAUCUUUUGAAGAUGAUGGAUCACUCACUCACGCACGAGAAGAGAUAAAAAGUGUAUCAAUCUGGACAGGAAAUCUUGUAACCCCAUUUUGGAUCGGCCAUAUGUUACAUGGAUACAACAAAGAGAAGACACAUGAGAACAAUAAUAUUGAAAAUUCACAAACUACAGGGAUAUGUUUGGUUAAAAAACAAGCAACGGAUUCACUCAAAUCCAUGACUAAUGAGGAGACAGAAUCAGACGAAGCAGAUGAUGUGCUUUGUAUAGAUGAGAAUUAUGAAAGUCAACCUAAAGAUGGUGAAGAAUGGGAAGUGAAAGAGAACCCAUGCCAAGAAAAGGAUAUACAACCUUCUCCUAAAGUGAUUCACAAAUGGGACUCUACAAAGCAGCAAUUGGGUAUUGGUUGCAAUGGAUAUUGUUUUGAAAAUGAAAAGCAGUUACCGAGGGAGGGACCUAAACCAGUAUCACCUGGCCAGACUGAAAAUGUUGCUGAAGAAGAUAACUGUGGAAAAGAGGAUGAACUUGAUUGCGUAUCACAUGACAGUGAUUUGAGUGAUCAGUCGUUACCUAUGAAAUGCGACGGCCUUGAGUCAGUUCAGGAUUGUUUUACAGAUUGUAGUCGCCAAGCACCAUUUGAUGAGCAACCACCUCAAGCCUGCCAUGAUGCACAGUUGAGAAAACCUUGUGCAAAUGACAGUGCUUUGACAGAUGAACAUGCUAUUUCAGAAGAAGCUCCUUGCACUCCACAUGAAAAUGAACCUUUUUGUGAUGAAUCUGCAGAUGAGGAAAACCCAGUAAAAUACACUUGUUUGGCAGAGGAGGCACCGCAUGAGGAGGCACCGUGUCAGAAGGCAGAGUUACUCGUAUCGGAUGAGAGCACUUGUUCUGUAAAUGGUUCCUCCGCAGCUGGGUUUAUCCCCCAGACAAAGGACAGUUUGGAGAUGAGAGGUAGUAAUGAUCCUGAUGAUCAGAAAACCAAAUCAGUUGUGUUGGAGAGAAAGGACAAUAACGCAUCUCAAGAAGAAUUAUUUCAUCACCAGUCUCACUCACCUCCGUCUGAGGUUAUUAAAAAAGAUGAGGCUGAAGAGGCAUCGACUAAAGAAACAAAUCUCAAAAUGAACAUAACAAAUGAGGAAUUGGAAAAAGCUCACAAGGAGGUUGUAAUUCCAUUUAUUGCAACAGAUGUAGUACAACUACAUAUCUCCAACCCACAAGGCAAGAUAGACGUUCAAGGCCAGAAAGGAAUACCAUUUAACAGUGAAACUGCACACCCUGACAAGCUCACAGAGGUAUCAAGUUCUUCUAUAAUGUACCGUAAAGAAGAGGAAGUGAAUGCUGGCACAAUAUCACUUCUUGAUGGAAGCAAAACCAAUCAGUCAUUAGUCUUUGGAAGUGAGGCUGAUAACAGGUGCCCUACUCCAACUUUGGAUGAGGUGCCAUGCGACUGCAUACCUUGUUCUCUACCUGGCGGCAGUACUGAAAAAACCUGCAUAAACAUUACUGCACGAUGUCUUAGCAGAAGCUCAACACCUCUAAAUCUUGAGAAGCCUCUUGAGCAAAAACUCUGUUACCCAUCUAGAGUUCAUCGUGAUCCCAGCCCUCACUACGUUCAGCAUUCUGAUGAACAAAGAACUCUAAAUGUUCUGAAAUGUCUAGAAACGUUUCUCUCCAAUUCAAAACGUACCGACAAAUCUAACCAGAUUGAAACAACUGAUACAAAAAACGGUCUUGAUCAAAAGCCUAACCUCAGCAGCAAGCACCUCUCUACUUCUUCAGCUGACAUUAUGAACAAUAAAUUAGGCAAUUUAAAGCCAGUGGUGGUGUCAACCUCUACCUCACAAGAACUGCCCAAAGAAUCUUCAGGUCACCUUGUAUCAUCUUUAAAAAAUAAGCUUGAGGAAGUACUUGGUCCUCAACACAGUUUUGAAAGAACAGAUAUAACAAAGGACACCUCUAUAGGGCAAGAUGAUUGUCAUUCCUAUAGAUCUACUCCCUCUGCUCAGUGUUUGCAAACCAUUAAACCAAAUAUUGACCAAGACGGGCAUAAGACAACAUCAGAGUCCAAUUUAAAUGAUGGACCUGGUUCAUUCAAUCAGCGUCCUGUCAUGGCUGUAAAACCCUCUAAGAAUGAUGAAAGUCAAUCAGAUCAUAGCUCUAAAGAUGGACAAAUUGAGUACUCUCCCACCAACGCACCACCCACCACCAUGCCCUUGGAGAAGACAGAAUGUUUCAUAGAAAAUUCUGGACUAAAUGAUGAAAAUCAAAAGCUCAGUGAGUUUUCUACCAAAGGUUAUCAACUGUCGAUUGUUAAUGACGGUAACUCUAACUCAGAUGAAGCUACAUUGGCACCUUUAGAUCCUCCUGAUAAGUACCAAAGAGGGAGUAUGAUUCUUUCAUCAGCUCUGUCCAAGCAGUCAGUUGAAUUGGCAAAAAGUGAUCAACACCAAGGUUUCUUUACACAUAGUUUACUUGAGAAAGUUGGGGAAACAAUUAAAGAGAACCCUAAAAUGGAUCAGAAAGAUGGCUCAGAAGCAUCAACUUUAUUUGGGGAUGACAACGACACCAGCAUUACAGAAGAAAGUCUCAUCCCUGGACCGCAAACUUCUCUCACGUGCACAGUUUUUAACACUGGUCGGAAAAGACCAUAUUCUUUUCUGGAGGAGGUUUCUCGAAGAUGCCUACAGGAUGACCCCACACAGGCGUCAAUGGAACAGGAGUGUCUUAUCUUCUCUGACCAAAUGAAACAGCUUUUGAAAAGUAGUAAGAGAGGACAGAUAAGCAAACAGGAUACAGAUGACACCUUGACAUUGUCUUGUGCUAGUCCUUUGACUGUGCACUUUUCAAGCCUGGAGGAGCAGGAGGAUUCAAUGGAUCUCCUGGACGCACCCUCACUCGCUGGACAAAAAAUCAAGGUUGACAUGUCUGACAGGAAAAACACAGAGGAUGAAAAGGCUAUGCAUCCUCAAAACCUAUCCCAAAAAACAGAUAACCUCAAGGAACAUGUGGAUGUAUCUGCUGUCACUGCAAAAAGUGCUAGGCUUUAUGAGGCAAUGAUGGAUGACAUUUGUGGUGUCCGAAAGGCCCCAUUGAGACCCAAGCACUUAAUGAACAGAGGUUACAAAAACAUUGAACCAAGUAACCCUUUCGACUUCUGUGAUCAAAUGAAGAGAGAGAUGGACGAGAGCUUUCGAAGUAAACUGAAUUCAGUUGUGAAGAAAUCCUGUAAAACAAAGUACAGAUUCUACAUAUUGGCAACGUCAGACGAUGCCGUCUUUGAGGAAACCAAGGCACAGUUAGAGUCAGUGGGCCAUACUUCCAUACAGCCAUCCAAGUUCUUCCUUGGUGAAGGCAGUUCUUCAUCCCUUCUCAUCGUCCUCAGGAAUGAAGACAUUGCAGAGCACAUUUGCAAGGUCCCACAUUUGCUGGAGUUAAAGAAGUCACCAGGCGUGCAGUUUGCUGGAAUAGAUGAACCAGAUGAUGUUGUGAAUCUCACCCACCAGGAGCUCUUCACACGGGGAGGUUUUCUAAUGUUUGACAAUGCAGCACUGGAGUCCCUCAGUCUUUGCGACAUGAAAAAAUGCUCCGACAUCUUGCAAGAGCUGGGCAGAACAGGGAAGUGGAAAUGGAUGUUACACUACAGAGACAGUCGUCGGCUGAAGGAAAAUGCGAGGUUGAAUUCAGAGGCCAAAGAAAAGAAGUGCUUCUUAAACUCUUGCCAGGACAGUGGGAUACUGGAGUUCUUGCCUUACCACAAGUGUGACCACACAUCAAGAGAUCAGCCUGACUAUCUCACAUGUUUGGUUCGCUUGCAGGUCCAGAAUAUAUCAGCCCGUUAUCCUUUAUUUAUAACUGAUGCAACAACAGACGGGACAUUUGGGAUAAACGGAAUUUUAACAAUGACCGUGAACUCUUUCCUGACAAAGUCUCCAAGUGAAACAUUGUUAUGAUGUUUUCUGACCUGAAAACGUCUGAUGGACUUUUCGUUUCAUCUAAAGUACAGAACAAUAAAUUACUCACUGGAUGUGAGGAAAAACUGGUACUAGGGAUUAUAAGUGAUUUCAGACAUACUGCAUAUAUACUCACACAUGUACUUAUGUUCACCUUAGGGUGUGUGCAGCAAUACCUCUUGAUCUGUUUUAACAGGCUUUUCUGUAUGUUUAUUUGUUAAGUCAGUUAUCAUUCAGUUAAUGAAUUGAGUGACAAUGAUGCCAGUGUACUGGCAGGUGUGCUGUACAUACUGUAAUCAUUUUGUAUUAUAUUUAUGUUGUAAAUUAUAAAGUUUCAAAGACAUACAUUUGAUUUAAGUAUAUAUCAUCUUCUAGCUUAUAACUCUGACUUUAUACAAUCUGUACUCAUGUUUGUACGAAGAUAAUAUUUUUGUUGUCAAAAAGUUCACUACGAUUUUAGACUUUACAAUACUUUGCUUAGGCCUGGCAGCAAAGCAAAUUUGGCUGUUUGGCAGUUGUGUGUUACUACUACACUGUGAAGGUUACUGACAGUGAUUCUUAACUCCUGUUGGAGCAAAAAAUAACAUUAUUAUUAUUAAAUGCUAAAUAUCUUAGUCCAGUGAACAGUAGAGUUCUCAUACAUUGUUUUGCUUUGAAAAACAUUGUGUUGAAUGAAGCAUCUGAUUGAAAAACGCUGUCAAUGAAAUGGUCUCAGAUCAACAAAGCUGUCUUUACUCAACUAAGUAAUGAAAUAAAAAUAUGGAUUUAGUUUUUGUAAGGAAACUCCAGUUUGGCUCUAUCAGAGUAAAAUGGUUCAAAUGUUUGGUUUCUCUACAUUAUGUAAUUUCUUUUAUCAUGGAUUUAAUACUGUAAAAUAAACAUUACAUUUAUUGGUUGAUUUAUUAAAAUUACUGAAGCUCUUCUUUAAUUGUUGUGGGCAUGAGCCAAUAAAAAGGUUAUACAACAAUA